AUAUGGAAGGAAAAGUGAAUGGCGCAGUGAAGUCGUGCUCUGUGAGAUUGGGCCAGCUAAAGAGUCUCAAGAGAGGGAGUUUCGAUGCUAAUGCUUGUCUCUGGAUGUCUGGGUUGAAUGUUAUUGAUCUUGCUAGAUGGAGGGAACUUGGAGUUUCAGAAACAUACCAUAAAUUUUACAAACAGAUGAGUGGUGGAGGUGAAUCGAGAGAAGCAAUUGCAUUGAAAGCAAGCUUGCUUACGUUUCAAGACAAAGUUUAUGCUCUUGACGACAAAUGGGCCCUAUCAGGGCUUGGUCAUGACUACUACAUCAAACCCCAAAGUAUAAAAAACGCAGCGACCUUGCACUACAAUGGGAACAUGAAGCCGUGGCUAGAGAUGGGAAUCCCACAGUACAAAAGCUAUUGGAGAAAGCAUCUGAAUAGGGAAGAUGGAUUCUUGACUGACUGUAACGUGAAUCCUUGAUGGAGAGAGAGCAAGUAGAAGAAACUAACUCGGGACAAUGCUGUAGAAGCAGGUUGGUUGGUCACACACGCAAAGAAAAAGAUUUAGAGAGGCAUCUCAUUUUUUUGUUGAGGA